AUGGCACAUCCCUCACAACUAGGAUUUCAAGACGCAGCCUCCCCAGUUAUAGAAGAACUCCUUCAUUUCCACGACCACGCACUUAUAAUUGUAUUCUUAAUUAGUACACUAGUACUUUAUAUUAUUGUAGCUAUGGUAUCAACCAAACUUACAAAUAAACACAUCUUAGACUCUCAAGAAGUUGAAAUCGUAUGAACUAUUCUACCAGCUGUUAUUUUAAUUAUGAUUGCCCUACCAUCACUACGAAUCCUCUAUCUAAUAGACGAAAUCAAUGAUCCCCACCUGACCAUCAAGGCAAUAGGCCACCAAUGAUACUGAAGCUAUGAACUUACUGACUACGAGGACCUUAACUUCGACUCGUACAUGAUCCCAACCUCCGACCUAUCUCCCGGACAAUUUCGACUACUAGAAACAGACCACCGAAUGGUCGUACCCAUAGAGUCCCCCAUUCGAAUAUUAAUUUCCGCAGAAGAUGUUUUACACUCAUGGGCUGUCCCUUCUCUGGGAAUGAAAAUAGAUGCAGUCCCUGGCCGCCUUAACCAAACUACCUUUAUUGCCUCCCGACCAGGAGUCUACUAUGGACAAUGCUCUGAAAUUUGUGGAGCCAACCACAGCUUUAUACCAAUCGUAGUUGAAGCAGUCCCCCUACAACAUUUUGAAAACUGAUCUUCAUUAAUGCUGGAAGAAGCCU